UUUUUUUCCUUCUUAUCAGCAGCACCCAGGCAGGGGGCCACAAAACCACCAGCUCAGAGCAGAAGUGCACUGAAGAGCCUCAGCGCGGAUCAGCACUCAUCCACAUCUGCAUCAGGACUCUGAACAUCUGUUCACGAUGAGCAGAAAGCCAGCGGAUGAAGCAGAGGGAGUCAUUGAGGACAAUGAAUACGUGAACGCACCAGUACGUCCUGAGGACAAAGCCCCCCCAGACCGGAGGCUCCUCUUCUCCUCUCCGUCUCUCCCCCUGCUCGCCGUGUGUUGGAUCCUCCUGCUGCUCAUCAUGGGCCUUCGUAUCUACUUUACUACAAUAAGUGAUGACAUAACAGAGAUGAACCAGUUAAGAGAAAACCUGCUGGCGGCCAAACAAGAGCUGAGAAACCUCAGUGAGCAGCUGAACUUAGAGAAGGAAGACUCAAGAAAGAAACUCAACAGUCUCAAGCUGCAGCUGGAAAACAUGACGCAACACUAUCAUGUCUCAGAAGGUAAGAACACCGAGCUGAAGAACGAGAUCCAGGAGCUGAAGACAGAGAACCAGGAGCUGAAGACAGAGAACCAGGAGCUGAAGGAGAACUUCACAAAACAAAUCACAGACCUGGAGGACAACUGGGAGAAGUUCAAUGUCAACAGAGCUCAGUGGACCAUCGACUCCUACUGCCCAGCAGAUACAAGUAAAGUGAGAACGUGUUCAGCUUGUCAGAGAGGCUGGUACCAUAUCCAGAAGAGCUGCUAUGUGUUUCAUAACAGUGAAGCUCCUUCUGAUCUUAAAACCUGGGAAGAAGCUCGAGAGAACUGCAGAGGAAGGGAUGCAGAUCUGGUUGUUGUUCAUGAUGAGGAGGAAAAGGUGAUGAGAGACCUGAGGGAACGUUUAUGAUAUAAAUAUUAAAUAUAAAUGGUUUUCUGUAGUUGAGUCUGUAGGACUAGUUUACAGGUAACAACAUAUAAAUAUGAAUAAUAUAAAUAAGUAC